UCACCCGGUCAGGGCCGGGAAGGUGGCCGUGCGUGCCGGCCGCCCGGCUGGCUGGGAGCCAGCAGCCCGGUGCCUGCAGGGCCGCCGCUUCCUCAUAGCUGAGCCGCCGCUGCGAGCCGCACGCCCCGCUCCCGCCUGUGCUCACUACUUAAGGCCGGCAGGCCCGCCCGCCCGCGCUGCCUGGGAGUCACCGGGAGGCCAGCGGCAGCUCCACUCACCCCGGCCCGGCACACUGCGGGAAGGGACCCAUCCCCUCGCCAUGGCGUCCCUGGGGCAGAUCAUCUUCUGGAGCAUUAUCAGCAGCAUCAUCGUUCUGGCUGGAGCAAUCGCACUUAUCAUCGGUUUUGGUAUUUCAGGGACACAUUCCAUCACGGUCACUACUCUCACCUCAGCGGGGAACAUCGGGGAGGAUGGAAUCCUGAGCUGCACUUUUGAACCUGACAUCAAACUUUCUGACAUCGUGAUACAGUGGCUAAAGGAAGGGGUUACGGGCUUGGUCCAUGAGUUCAAAGAAGGCAAAGAUGACCUGUCAGACCAGAAUGAGAUGUUCAGAGGCCGGACGGCAGUGUUUGCUGAUCAAGUAAGAGUCGGCAAUGCCUCUCUGAGGCUGAAAAAUGUGCGACUCACAGAUGCUGGCACCUAUAAGUGUUACGUCCUCACUGCUAACGGCAAGGGGAAUGCUGGCCUUGAGUACAAAACUGGAGCCUUCAGCAUCCCGGAGAUGGAUGUGGACUAUAAUGCCAGCUCGGAGAGCUUUCGAUGUGAGGCUCCCCGCUGGUUCCCCCAGCCUACAGUGGUCUGGACAUCCCAAGCUGACCUGAGAGCCAACUUCUCACAAGUCUCCAACACCAGCUUUGAGCUGAACUCUGAGAAUGUGACCAUGAAGGUGGUAUCCAUACUCUACAAUGUCACAAUCAACAACACGUACUCCUGUAUGAUUGAGAACGACCUCGCCAAAGCUACAGGGGAUAUCAAAGUGACAGACUCUGAGAUUAAAAGGCGGAGUCACCUAGAGCUGCUGGACUCAAAGGCUUCCCUGUGUGUCUCUUCUUUCUUUGCCGUCAGCUGGGUACUCCUGUCUCUCUCCUCUUACCUGAUGCUAAAAUGAUGAGCCUUGGCCACACGGAAGCAUGCAAAGUCAUUGCUACGACAGAAUCCCAGGAAUCUGCAGAACUAUUUUGCUACAAGAUAUGACCUAGUUUUAUAUUUCUUGGGGGAAAUGAAUUCACGUCUAGAAGUCUGGAGUGAACAUAUAAGAUCAAGAAGCAAAAAGAAGCCAAAAGCAACCCACGGAAGACUCCAAGAUGAACAAGAUGAAUCUAUCUUCGAAGACACGUAUUAAAAGUUGGAAAAAUAAUCCACCUGAACUAAAGAAGUGUGUUAAGACUGCGAAGUAAAAUGCAUGUGGAGACGAGUGUAUCCCAGUAUCUUGGGGACCUCCCCUUACCCAUCCUUAUUUGGGGAGAGAGAGAACGGGAUGUUCCAUCUCCCUUGUCUUUGAAUCUUUAGUUAUAUUGCUGUAAUGUUGCUCUGAGGCAGUUCCUAGAAAGUUUGGAUUGCAAUACGCCCAUGUUUUAGUCCACAAAUUAAGCUGUAGUGGACACGGUAAGAAGCUGCUAAUCAGCUGCUGCUUCACAGUCCAGAGGUGGCUGCAUUUCAGUGAUGGAGCGAAUGAUUCACUUUUCAGUAUGUUGCUUUCUAAAGUGCCUUGGCAUCUCCUCCCACCUGACUGAUGCUAAGGAAAUGUGGGAAAUGAUCAUAAUUGUAACAUAAAAAUAACAUAGUUGGGUGACACUGAUUUUCUAAAUUUUCUGAGCACCUUCUUUUUUUAAACACACAAACGCCAUUUUAUUACUCAGAUGAUGUUCGUCCUUGAGUGGCCUGGGAAAGGCCUUUCAUCCCGACCGUAGAUGACAUCAUGUCAUCGCAGGUUUGAGGCUGCUACUUCCUCUCCUGCAUGAACAGUGAUGACCUCAGCUUUCAACAGCAUCUACGGCAGUGGGACUCACUCAACCAGGGUGAUUUUGCAACCUGCCCCCCAGGGACAUUGAGACAUGUUUGGAGACAAUUUUAGUCGUCACAAUUUAGGGUGCAGGGCUGCUACUGGCAUCUAGUGAAGAGAACCCUGGGAUGCUGCUCACCAUCCCACAGUGGACAGGACAUCUGCCCACAACUAAGAAUUACCCAGCCCAAACAUCUAUCUCGCUGAGGUUAAGAACCCCCGAAGUAGAGCAGAAAGAGAUCUAGAAAAAGGGAGCCAACAAGUCCGUUUGCUUCUUAAACUAGGCUCCAGCCUCUGUCUCUUCGGCUGCUGCCUCAGCCCAGAGAGCCAGAACUCAGCUCGGAGCAACCCAGCCCUCCUGAUGGCAUUAUCUGCCAAUGACCGAUCUAAGCCCCUUUCCCUUCAUUUUUCUCUACAACUCCAGUCCGUGAGAGAGCAGCUUGGCUUCCAUGUCGAGUUCCCUCGUUUUAAAUUCAGAUCUCAGGACCGAGCCUAGCCAAAGGGCAGGUGACCGCAACAGAAACAUGUACCUGCCUCGAAACACAGAGGCUUCUGACAGCAGGGACAAUAAAGCUCUGAAACGAGGCCCUGAGGAGCGAAGCUUCGAUAGGAAGGGUGUUUUGUUUCCUGCGCCCGAGCUAUGCCUAAGCUAUGCUGACCGCUGUCCCCCUGGCACUCUGUAUUACGCGCCACCACGACUGUACUACAUUUUGGUAGAGAGACCUUUGUUUUGGAGUUCUGAUCAUUUAAGAGAAUGAUUAAAUACACAUUUCUUGUA